ACAGUGCAUUCAACGUUUACCAGAACUUAAAUCAUUUUAGAGAGAAAAAAAAAAAAAAAAAAAAAAAAAAAAAAAAGUGGAUUGAAUAACAUUUUGCUUUGUUUUUAGUUUUGACAUGUUGAAGGGGUUCGGAUCUCUCUCAUAUUAAUACUUUUGGAUUAAAAAGUACCAAAUAACUAAAUGUGACGUAUUUUGCACGAAUUCAUCUCAUUUAAAAUAAUUUGCAGUCUGCUCAUUGUUUAUUCAAAAUAGCGAUUUAACGACAAUCUAUAUAAGGACCACGAGCUUCACGGAUGCGCGAGAGUUUACUUUGGAGAGCAGGGCGCGAGCGAACACCAAUCCACUUUCUCGUGCUCAUUUUGGGUUUUUUAUGACAAGACCGAAUAAUGCCAGUGUAGCAUGGCUCUCUCUCCAGCUCUUGCCACCUGUGGACCGACAUGGCAUUUAGUCGCGUCUUUUCGGACCCUCCGUCCAAGAGCAUCUUCAAGACAUUCGCGGUCAUGCUGCUGUCCAUACUCGCCUCUCUUUUCUUUCUCCACUGCCUCACAGACCGAUACGGGACCUGCACACCCACUGAGAAAAGAGACACGGGUCUUGAUGAGGGAUUUUACGCCUCUGAACUAAAAGACUUUGGGUCGCUGAGGAGAAAGAGACUUCUUCAAAAAUGGACCUCCACGAAACCUUUGGUGAUGAGGCACCACAGCUUGAUCCAUCAGCUCGCGAGUGUCGGUGAAGAGGAUUUACCUGAACUUAAGGCAGAUAAACGACUUUCUCAGUCAAACAUCAAGGUGUUAAACUCUGUGGAUGUAGAUUUAGAGGCUGGAGGCUCGUAUUUUAAUGCAGGGAAAUUAAGUUCGUUGGGUGAGGGCAGUAAGAAGCUGCCUCAGGCGAUCAUCAUAGGUGUGAAGAAAGGCGGGACGCGCGCGCUGCUGGAGUUUCUGCGCGUGCAUCCCGAUAUCCGCGCGGUCGGAGCAGAGCCUCACUUUUUCGAUCGUAACUAUGACAACGGACUUGACUGGUACAGAGACCUAAUGCCUAAGACUCUGGAGGGCCAAAUCACCAUGGAAAAAACACCAAGCUACUUUGUGACCCGUGAGGCUCCAGCUCGGAUCUAUGCCAUGUCCCGUGACACCAAGCUGAUCGUGGUGGUCCGGGACCCCGUCACGCGAGCCAUCUCCGACUACACACAAACAUUGUCCAAGAAGCCUGACAUUCCCUCUUUUGGGAGCCUUACCUUCAAAAACAGGUCUACAGGGUUGAUAGACACCUCGUGGAGCGCCAUUCAGAUUGGCAUCUAUGCUAAGCACCUGCACAACUGGCUGCAGUUCUUCCCCAUGGGUCAGAUUCUGUUUGUGAGUGGAGAACGUCUCAUUAAUGACCCGUCCGGAGAGCUGGGCCAUGUGCAGGACUUCCUGGGUCUCAAGAGGAUCAUCACAGACAAACACUUCUACUUCAACCAGACCAAGGGCUUUCCUUGUCUCAAGAAGGCUGAGGGCAGCAGCAAGCCCCAUUGCCUGGGCAAAACCAAAGGGAGGACUCACCCAAACAUUCACCCUGAGGUAGUGCAGAGACUUAGAGACUUCUACAGGCCAUUUAACAUGAAGUUCUACCAGAUGACAGGCAGGAAAUUUGGCUGGGAUGAUUGACAACAGUUUAUGUUGAACAAUGGGGUUAGACUAUAGAGAAAGACACUUGAUUAAAGGGUCACCUCACUAUGACUACACCAGCAACAGGAAUAUGUACCAUUUCCUGUCUCUGCAAAUUACCAAAAAGUUGUCCAAUCUGGCUGGGGAGAAAUUAUAGAAAAAGUGUGCACAUCCAACCCAAGUUGUAUACUGAUCUAGGACACAAUGCAACAAAUGUAGAAAAAACAAACUUUGCUGGAAAAACUGUUUAUUUGCAGGUCUGACACCAGCUAAGACCAGCAAACCAGCUUAGGCCGUUUUUCAGCAUGGAAUAUCCACACACUAUUAUUAUUAGUCCAAAUUUUAUUCAACAAAUGUGACAUUUCGGCCUCUUAGGUCUUCAUCAAGCAAAAAUAUGAAGAUAAAAGUGAAAUUUGGAGGAAUAAUAACAGUGUAUGGAGAGAUUUACCAGUCUUGUCAUGGCCAUAUUUGUAAUUUCAACAGCCUUGUGUUACCUGAGGACCAUGGAGAGAAGCACUGCUUAGUCAAAGCACAGUGCUUUCUUGUAACAUAAAAGCUGGAACUAUGCAACAAUGCUCAGUGGGACUGUGAACUGUGAAAUAUCCAUUGUGUGUCUGGGGUUUGGAGAUCAAACCAGUCCACCUGCCAUAUUUAAUGUAGAGAAAGACUAGCUGCUUAUAUACUGUACACUCACUGAGCACUUUAUUCGGAACACUAUGGUCCCAAUAAAGUGCCCGAUGUGGUCUUCUGCUGUUGUAGCUCAUCUCCCUCAAGGUUCGAUGUGUUGUGCAUUCUGAGAUACUAUUCUGCUCACUACAAUUGUACAGAGUGGUUUUCUGAGGUUUUUUUUUUUUUUUUUUUUUGGCACCAUUCUUAGUAAACUCUAGAGACUGUUGUGCAUGAAAAUUUCAGGAGAUCAGCAGUUACAGAAAUACUCAAACCAGCCUGUCUGGCACCAACAAUCAUGCCACGGUCGAAAUCAUUGAGAUAAAACAUUUUCCCCAUUCUGAUGGUUGAUGUGAACAUUAACUGAAGCUCCUGAACUGUAUCUGCAGGAUUUUAUGCAUUGCACUGCUGCCACACGAUUGGCUGAAUAGAUAAUCAAAUGAAUAUGUUGUAUAUGUGUUCCUAAUAAAGUGCUCAGUGAGUUUACAAUUAUUUUGAAAAAAAUAUUAAAUAAGUGUAUUUUUUGGAGAUUUAUUUAUUUUAAAUAUGUACACAUAUACAGUUUAUCUAUUCUGAAUAAUCUUCACUAAUACCUCUCUUCACUUUUUUGGGUGUGUGGACGGUGGGCGAAAUUAUUUUAUAUUUUGAACCUUGUAACACAAAAUGCCUUUUCUAAAACUUUUAAUUUUGGAUAAAUAUAAUAUAAAUGUACACACUCAAGAUGUUUCUUUCAUGAUUAUUGGAGAUAUUUGAGAUGGCAGACAAGAUAAAAAAUAAAAAACAAUUAUGUCAAUGGAUCAAAGACUGGAAUAGGGCCCCCAGUGUGGUAAACAUACAGAAUGUUAAGUCACUUUCCCCCAGGUUUGUGUUUUAGAUUGCAUAGAACAAACUUUUUAAAUUUGUCACGUGUCCAAAUUCUGAGAGAGAUUCUGAGAUAGAGACUGGACUAUCUUUUUGUCAAACCAAUUGAAGACAGGGGUGAGUGUUUGGGAAAUCUGUUUGAAAUCAGUCAUUAUUUUUGCAUUUCCAUUUAGUGAUUCAACAGUAUAGUGGUGCAGAAAUCACACAUUCCC